CGUCAAUCGUUAUUUAUGUAUCAAGCGCACUGAGGGAUUGUGGCAAUUGAUCCAGUUCGUGAACACUCCUUGCACCUCUGUCCCGCGUUAGUUCAAAGAAAAAAAGAUGAAGACUUCGUUGUUUCUUGGCGCAAUGCUGGCGUUCUGCGGCGUAGUCCUGUCUCAAGGUGACAACAACUACUACUCAGAACUUCAAAACAUCUCGGAAGAUUUUGGAGAGCCUAUGCGAAAGGAAACCACACAGAGCGAUGAUGGUGACCAUGAUAUGGGAGACACAGUGUACACGACAGUGGACAAACGUGCAGCCAGGGCCGGGUCUGUUGUAGUUCUCCCUGACUGCCGCCCGCGCACCUCCUGUGUGCGGAACUACAAGGCCUGGAGCGUGCAGACCUGCCGCUGCCCAGCCUCCCUCAUCUGCUCCAAACGCUUCGGAAGGUAACAUUUUAGCAACGCCCCUCGUCCGGAUCCAAUAAGCCGCCUGUUUAUG